AUAUAGAAAGAACGGUGAGGGUUACAGUUCACAAAAUAGUUCACCACUAGUACGGUCAGCUUUAUUCUACUACUAAAAUUUUCCCCAAUUUGUGGUUGCCCAACCUCAACCUGCUGCUGCUUAAUUCCAAACCCUAAAUCAGUUCCACUCUCACUCUCACUCUGCGCAUAUGUAUUGUAGCCCCAAUUAUGGGCUUAUUUAAGCGACUCGCCGGCUUCCUAGGGAUUGCCAAGGACGACGACGACGACGACGUCGACGACCACCGCCAUGCCGCUGCAAUUCCGCCGCUGCAUUCGUCUUCCGUGCCGGUGGCACUGGCAGCGACGUCUCCGCCCGAUCAUGUUCCGAUGAAAGGAUUUAGUGUUCCAGUGAAAGUCCCCGUCGAACGAGCUCCAAUUCCGCCACUCCUGGUGUUCUGCCCCGCCGGCGACGGCGGAAUUCAGGGCUUGAGAUGGUACGCGAGGCGUCUUAAAAUAGACGAAGACGGGGACAUAGCAGACGAGUUUCUUGAUGAGGUCUCGCCGGAUAGUUCAAAGAUCAUGGAAGAAGAACACAAGAAGCCGUUGCCAAGAUUCAAAGCUAAGUACGACACUAAACCUGCUAAGGUGAGGAAUCUCUCCCUCUUACCUAAUGGUAAAAUUCAACACCUCAUCGAGCACCGGGGCAAGCUCGAGUGGCUGUAGUCGAGGGAAGGCAGGCGUAGGCUGUCGAGUAAUUUAAAGAACAAGAGGAUACCAAAGGUAAAAUUUAUUCACCCUCAUGCCAAACUUCUGUUUUAAAUCUUUCCACAAAUUUAUUGUAUAAAACCUCUUGUUUUGU